GUGAACAGUCGUUCUUAUAAUAGUGCACCAACUUAGUUACGUCAUAUCGACGAGUGAUUUCAGUGUUAUGGUGGUUCGAUGGUUUUGAAAUGGUUCGCCAUAAGGAAUCAAAGUAUGCUCUUACGCAUAUUACAGCGAUAUGUUUGUGGCUGUUCGCGUUUAUUAACGGACUGCACGCAGUGAAAAUAGUGAAAGUAGUUGUGCCGGAAAUAAUUCAGUAUGGUGUUGAGGACGCGGUAAUACUAGACUGUGACUACACAUAUGGUAAUGACACAGCCGGUCUCAUGGUGAAGUGGUUCUUCAAGAACAAAGCGAGGCCCGUAUACCAGUGGAUUGCCUCGCAAAAGCCCCAAGAUAUGGGCAUAUUACGAGGCCGUGUGGACCUAACAUAUAAAGCCUCCAAUGACCCCUUAAAAAUGCACAGAGCACUACGAAUAGUGAAGCCAAAUACGGAUAUUUCGGGAGAUUAUACCUGCGUAGUCUCCACUUUUAUGGAGGAAGAUUCGAAAACAAAACAAAUGAUUGUCUUUGCGCCGGAGACGAACUUCCGGCUGGUGCAGAAUAAGACGGACGAUGACACAGUGAACGUCAUCUGUGCGGCGGAUGGCGCCUUCCCCGCCCCAAACCUCACUCUUGCCACGCCUGAGAGGCACUUAGAUGGCGUAUCACAUCACCUAAAGCUAGUCAAUGGGCGGUAUUCUGCUGUGGCGACGGUGACGCUACUCGACGCUGACCUGCCUUCCGCAGCUGAGUUCAUAUGCACACUUAGGAUACCGCAAGCCAAGUACGCAGUGCGGAAAGAGGCUAUAUACUAUCCAGGUCCUAUCAGUACGACACCAGAGAUGCCAACCGCUGCAGACAUGCAGUUAGCAGCAGCUGUUGGUUCAAGAGGUUCAAGUGUACAAACAGCAUUAACGAUACUUACGUUGUCAGCUAUAGCCAAUCUGUAUUUGCCAUAAAUGGAUUUGAGAUUGCUUUGCUGCGUUUCUCUAGUCACAACCAAAUGCUAACAGACUAUAAUCAUAUAAAUUAGAUUAUACACGGAAUUGUAUUUAAUUUACUAAAAACAAUAGACAAUUUGUGGACGAAUGACAAACAUUCUGAGAUGUCUUGAUAUUGUUUAUAUGGAAAGAUAAAAUCUGUUAACUACACAAUAUCAGCACCGAUUCCGAUCAUAUGAACAUGGACGAGAUUUUCUGUUGAAAAGAUCUGUUCCCUGUAACUUCUAAUAACGAUACUGAUGGUGAUCCUAUCUUAAUAAUAAUCGGAAUCAGCGCUGAUAUUGAACUAAGAAAUGUUAAUGUAAAUUUUAAGCAAUUAAUUUAAUGUAUCGGAUUUCAUUAGCAGCGAGUGUUACACAAUUGUUAUUAACUGUGUGUGUAACUAAAAUUGUUCAAACAUCAAUUUAGUUUGAAUGUAACUUUGGGAGGUGAUACUUUUUUUUGUUUAACUGUAUCAUUCGAUCGAUUAUGAGCGUAUUAAGAACGUAUCGGGUACGAAACCGAGCUCAGAAAGGCACUUUAUAACCAAAAAACUGUCGCAUCUGUAUAUUAUUCUUAGCACGCUCCUAGUAUGGUCAGGGUACGGUGCAAUAGGCUUUUUAAUACAAUUGUGGCAUUAUAUCUAGUAAUUUUAGUUUUUAAUCAGCAUAAAUCGCUCGUAAACCAAAAAUACGUCAAAGACUAUAAUUUCAUUGUAAUAUAAGACUUUUUACCACUUAGCUUAAAAUAAUAUAUGUUAGUUAUGAAAAUGUACAGUUAUAAAAAAAUAAUUUAUUAAUAUUUUCAAAGUAUUUUUCUUAUUCUAGCGUAAUGUACAUAUGGAUGUAUAGAUGAAUAGGAGGGCCUAAACACUUCGGUUUUAAUUUGAUCAUUAAUGUCAUAAAUACGUUAAUAUUAUUUGGCAUGGGUAUUGAAUUAAAUUCAAAACUAUUAUGACACAUGGAAUGAUUGUAGGCUACCUACGCUUUAAUAAAUUGUGUCAUUGGAAUUUAAAUUUAGAAGCAAUCUAAGUUUGGUAAAAAAAAAUCUUUGGCCCUACAACUUUAGGUCUUGGCCUCAGAUUUCUGAAUCUGUUUAUAUAGGCAAGUAGGUGAUCGUCCUCUAGUGACACAUGCCGACGACUUUAGGGUCUACAGUCGGUUUCCUCACGAUGUUUUGCUUCACCGUUCAAGGGAUUGUAAAAUGCUCAUAAGAAUCCAUUGGUGCACACGGGGUUCGAACCUACGACCUCAGGGAUGAGAGUCGCACGCCGAAGCCACUAGGCCAACACUGCUGAUGUUCUGGAUUAUACCUAAUAUCUAGAAGUGAAAUUUGUGAUCUCAUCGGCGCUAUCAAGCCGUCAAUUACAUGAGGCACAUAAUGGGCAGCGCAAUUACUCACUUGAAUACCAUUGAUUUAAAUUUAUAUAGCAAAUAUCUUAUUUAUUAAACUUAGGGUCUGUUUUACAAUAUCAGAA